AUGGGAAAUGAUAAGGUUGCCAUAGAAGGUUUUAAGAAGUUUCUGCAUGCAACUUUUCACAUAAAAGACUUAGGAGCACCUAAAUAUUUCCUUGGCAUUGAAAUUGCCCGAUCUGAACAAGGCAUUUCUCUCAGUCAGCGGAAAUUCAUAUUGGAGAUUAUUUCAGAAGCAGGUCUUUCAGGGUGCAAGCCAGCUGUUAUUCCCAUUGAACAGAAUACUAAGUUGACUACUGCAGACUAUGACAAAGGAAUGUCUCAGGAUGAUGAUCUCACAUUGGAAGAUCCUUCAAUCUAUCAAAGGCUUGUCGGAAAACUCAUAUAUCUGACAAUGACUAGGCCUGACAUCUCUUAUGCAGUGCAGACACUUAGCCAGUUCAUGCACAGUCCGAAGCAGUCACAUAUGAAUGCCGCCCUUAAAGUAGUCAAGUACCUAAAGAAGUGUCCAGGACUUGGAAUUCUCUUAUCCAGAAGAUGCAACAUGGAAAUGACAGCAUAUUGUGAUGCAGAUUAUGCAACUUGUCCCAUGAGUCGAAGAUCUAUCAGUGGAUAUUGCAUUAAAUUGGGUGAUUCCUUACUCUCGUGGAAGACUAAGAAGCAACCCACUGUAUCUCUAUCUUCAGCUGAAGCAGAAUAUUGA